AUAAAUAAAAGGCAAGGAGCAGAAGAGUCAUAUAAACGAACGAUAACGACGAAAAGAAAGGGGGUAAAUAUGAGGUCGGGCAUUGUUUUAGUUGAAAGCAGAGCAAGGAAAGGCGGUGGUGGUGGUGGUGGUGGUUUCAUUUUCUGGGUGGCUUUGGUUUCCUAAGGGGAAAGGACACCGCCGCUACCCGCUUUUACUAUUCCAUUAUUAUAACUAGUAUCAUUUCCUUUUUCUUCUAUUUGUACUUUUUCAAUAACAUUCCCCAACAUCAAUCGUCACCUAGCUCCGCUCAACUUCAUAUAUUUAAAACCCGAAAGGACUCUGUUUUCUUCUUCUUCUUUUUAUUGGUUAGUAUUUGUUUUUUUGGUUUAUCGUAUUUAUCGAAUAUGAGAAAGGAUAGGAGAACAAAGACGAAGGGAAGGGUAUCGAGGAUUGGAAGCUAUGCGAUUGCCUCUUCAAUGAGAGAUCAUCCUCACCAACCCUGCAUUACCUGCACUACUUUUAACAUCCUCGCUCCCAUUUACAAACGCCUUUCUCAUAAGGACCAGAACUGCCGUGAAAGCGAUUACAGGGCAUAUUGGUUGGCCAGGAAUCAACGGAUAUUGGAUUCUUUGUUAUACGAGAGAUCUUCCAUUAUUUGUCUACAGGAAUUCUGGGUUGGGAAUGAAGAGCUUGUUAAUAUGUAUGAGAAGAGGCUAGGUGAUGCUGGUUAUCUUAAUUUCAAGCUUGGACGUACCAACAACCGUGGUGAUGGUCUGUUGACUGCCGUGCAUAAGGACUAUUUUAGAGUUAUUAACUACAGGGAAUUGCUAUUCAAUGACUGUGGAGACCGUGUUGCGCAGUUGUUACAUGUUGAGUUGGCGACCCCUGCUUCACAAUACAGAAACAAUGAUACUUGCCAAGAAAUCCUAAUUGUGAAUACCCAUUUGCUUUUUCCUCACGAUUCAAGUUUGUGCAUAGUACGAUUGCAUCAGGUCUACAAAAUCUUGCAGCAUGUGGAAUCUUAUCAGAAGGAAUACAAACUUAAUCCUUUGCCAAUUAUACUUUGCGGUGACUGGAAUGGAAGCAAGCGUGGGCACGUUUACAAGUUCCUUAGGUCCCAGGGCUUUGAAUCGUCAUAUGAUACCGCUCAUCAGUACACCGAUGCAGAUGCACAUAAGUGGGUUAGCCACCUCAAUCAUCGGGGAAAUGUAUGCGGUGUGGAUUUUAUAUGGCUUCUCAAUCCCAAUAGAUAUCGUAAGCUGCUGAAAACAAGUUGGAGUGAAGCAGUCUUUGGCAUGUUCAAGAAUCAACUAAGGAAAGCCUCACUGACAGAAGAUGAUGCAUUUGCUUUUCUUAAGGCUGACAAUGAUGGGGAUUACGUUACCUACCCAGGUUUUUGUGAAGCUCUUCGACAGCUUAAUAUAACUGGUCAUCGCCAUGGACUAAGUGUUGAAGAGACAAAGGACUUGUGGGUUCAAGCAGACAUUGAUGGAAACGGUGUUGUUGAUUAUAAAGAAUUUCAGCAGCGAAUCUGGAAACCUACAUGGUCAGAACAUAGAGACAGCAACGAAUCCGUGGAUGGUAAGGAGCAAGCUAUUGGUUUUAGUGUGAAGAACGCAGUCCUAUUCCCUCCAGAGGUGGAAAAAGGAAGGUGGCCUGAUAAUUAUUCUCUCUCCGAUCACGCACGACUUACAGUGGUGUUUUCACCAAUAAGAAUGCCAUGUUCCCAGUUGACAUCUUGAUAAAAUCUGAGAUGCAACGUGACUUAGAUGUAAAUUCAGUAAGUGCACAGAAAUGAAAGCUUAAAUGAAGAAAGUGCAAAGGCACGGGCAGUUUAUGCUGUUCAUGCUUAAGAUAGCCAUCGGAGUGUUUCAGAGAGAGCUUGAAAUCUUUGUGAUGCAACUAUUCUCCAUGAUUCCUGCAAUACUUUUUUCAUCAUGCUCAAGAAUAUCAACUCUCUCACACUAUCAAGUAGGGGACUCCUGUGCCGACCGUCUCAGCAACAUGAAUUUUAACGGCUUUCCCAUCAAUGGCCAUUCUGUUGGCCAUUGGCAGAUUGGACAAGCUGUGCCAUGUCUAACUCUUAUUAUGCUCCAGUUGUACCUCUGAUUUCCCAUUAAACAGGGAAACGGAAAAGAGAAAGGAACGAAAGUUUAUAUGUAUAGUUUUCAUUAUUAAACCUAGGCAGGUAGCAAUCACUCUUUUGUAGUACAGUGAGUACACCACUUUAGGACAUAUUGUUGUAUAUGGACUGCAACCAGGAUGGAUGUAAAGCAGAUUUUUCUUUGUCGUGAAGAAUAGAGCAGUAACAAUUACCAUUUGUGCAGUUAUGUACCUUGGGGUUUCUUUUUUGCCUCUUAAUGAGUUCUGUUUCCAAAA